AUACUGUUGUUUUAUCUUAAGCGUAUUUCAAUUUGUUCUAUUAAAAUAUAUACCGUUAUUUUAUUGUGAUGUAAUAUAUAGUCCUUUCUUAAAAACAAAGGGUCCAUGGUCCUUGCACACAGCAGGUGACUCAGCAGGUGGGGUAACUGGCGACGCGGAACCGACGCUACUAACCAGUUCAAACUCUAGUCUUAAAUUGAACCUUAGGUAUUGUUUAUUAAGAGUAAGGAUGUAAAAAAUGGUUAUCAGUUGUCAUAGACAUUACUAUGCAAUCGGUAUGUCUGAAUUAAAUUUACAUACAGUGUUCCCGAUUGACCGAACAACAUGUUUCCCACCCCCACCUCGCUCGACCUAAUUGUAAUGCAAUAGUGGGCACCGUGCGGACAUUACGUUAGCGGCCUCCGUGCCUUGCGUCCAUCUGCCGCUAUGGUCUGCGACGAUGGGCUGCACGCCUCAUCGCCCACCGUCCCGCGCAAGUCUCUACGCCGGUUGUCAUCCACCAGGGGUUUCAAAACCCAUUCAGAGUUCACCUGGAUACGUGUAUUUGAAGGGCUGCAGCCGUACGCGGUCGAUGCACCCAGUAAAUUAGUGAAAGUGUCCAAUAAUACCACAGCAGAAGAUGUAAACAAAAAACUUGGGUUUAGUGAGGAACUGACAUUGUGGCUGCAAAUUGGCGAACAGACAAGAAGAUUGGAAUCAUAUGAAUACCCAUGGAGGAUUCAGGAGCAAUUUCUUAUGAAACUCGGAUGGAGAUCAGAAGCUCGUCGGCUUCGCUUGGCUGUGGAUCCUGAGAUGCGACACAGCCUGCGAUGGUGUGCUGGACCAGCGUCACGAUCUAGUGGAGUGUAUAAGUCCGGAACCGUGUAUGUUCUUAAAGGUCAUGUUUUUCCACAGUGGAAGCCAAGGUCUGCACAGAUUUUUGGGUCGCAGCUACAUAUUUUAGGAACAACUUGGGACAAAAUUGAAUUGAGUGGGGGAUCUAUUGAGUUUUGCCCACCUAAAGCGCAGAGGUUGGUGAUAUGCAUUAAGCCUCGUUGGCAAGGAAACAAUCUUUUAGAUUCAGGACUCAAUCACUUAUUUUUAGGAUUCAGCACAGUAUGGGAGAGAAAUAUGUGGUUCAACUGGCUUAAAGAUGCCACUCAAAGUACGCAGCCACCAAAUGUAUUGGAUCUCAGUGGUGGUGGUAGAUCUUGCCUUGCGACGGCCCUAGCGCAACAUGGCGCGGAUUUUGCUCUACGCGUUCUACGCAUGCGCGGGAAUACCUUAUACCAUUUACCACAACAAACAUGCACGCUACAGGCCCUUACUCAUCUGGAUAUAAGCAAUAACAAUAUUUCAGAACUCCCGAAAGAAAUGUCACAACUAGUACAGUUAGAAGAGCUGCAAGUAAGCGAUAAUGAACUAAGAUCUCUGGACUACGUUCUACAACUUCCACGUCUACGAAUAAUCGUAGCUGCGCGAAACAUGAUCACUAACUUUGGAAUGAGUUCAAGACCUAUGAGUCCAAGCGAAGAAAGCAAAUGCGAGCAUCGUUCACCUCUUACCAAUGUUGAUCUUCGUCACAACAGAUUAAAAGGAAGCAUUAUUCUUGGUAAUUAUGAGCAUCUGGUAACCCUAGACGUUUCACACAACGCGGUGGAAGUCCUUGUAUUGUCAUCUCUACGCGGUCUAAGGGAGUUAUACGCGUCACACAAUGCGAUACAACACGUGGCCUUACACGGUGCCUCGCUACGAGUGCUACGGGCUCCUUUUAAUCAUUUGGAGAGUCUAACCACAUCAGUUCCGCCUAUAAACCUAAUAGAGUUAGACUUAUCCCACAACAAGUUAACGUCAUUACCCCAAUGGCUCAGUGGUUGCUCUGACUUAACCAAACUUUACGCAAGCAACAAUCAGUUGACAUCCCUACCUGAACACCUGUUCUGCAGUGAACUCUCCAGUCUUAGCCAUUUGCACUUAGCCCAUAAUAAAAUAUCGACAAUACCGUCGAUGCCACGGCUCAGGUCACCUCUCAAAGAACUCCUCUUACACAAUAACUCUAUUCAAGCUCUUCCAGAAAACUUUUUUUCAGUCUGCGAUAGGUUGUGUGUAUUAAACCUCGCGAAUAACAGAUUAAGCCGCUUACCACGAGUUAGGGGUGUCUCCUCACAUAUUCUAGAACGCCUUUACUUAACAGCUAACUGUUUGAAUGAUGAAUCCAUCGACGUCAUAGCCACAUUCAGAGGCUUGAAGAUAUUGCACAUGGCCUACAAUUGCUUGACAAGUUUGCCGGAAAAUUUCUUCAACUUCUGGCCUGAAAUGGAGGAACUCGUCGUAUCCGGAAAUUCUCUAACGAAGCUUCCAGAUAGUUUGCCUCAAGUCAAUAAUCUGAAAGUUGUCAGGGCUCACUCGAAUCGGCUUAGAUCUGUUCCCAUGUUUGCUUGUAGCGCUUCUGUGAAAGUUCUAGAUUUUGCCCACAAUGAACUAGAUAGUAUAGAUCUGAGACUUUUAGCGCCGAAGCAGUUGAAGUUUCUAGAUAUAUCUUGUAAUCAGAGGCUGCAAGUUGAUGAAUCACAAUUUAAUGCAUAUAAAUGUCAAAGGCCCUUAAGCCUAGUGGAUGUCACCGGGCGAAACUCAGCGGCUUGGACUCAAAAGACAUCUUAUCAUGAGGAACUCACCGGUACCACGCCCUGGGUGACAGGGUUUUCAGAAUGUCCCAGUAAAAUGUUACAAUUAUCCUGUGGUCAAAUACGUCUUCCAUCAUUUUGUAACAAAGAGGGUCUUUUCGCUGUUAUAGACGGAGAAAACGAUACAGAAGUGACGAAGAUAUUGCAAACAAGCUUACCUGGAUUGCUUCUAGAAGAAAAAUCUAUUAAGGAAACUGUCAACGAAUAUAUGAAAUAUGUAGUUUUAUCAGCACAUAGAGAACUAAAGGAAAAGGGCCAGAGAAACGGUGCCUCACUUAUCAUGUGUCAUUUGUCUCAGAUAAAUGUGCCAGAAAAUGGAUUCGGACAAACAACUAGGAGAUACAAUAUGAGAUUGGCUAAUGUUGGCGAUACUAAAGCCGUAUUGAGUCGACGAACUGGACCAUUAUGUUUAGGCGCAGAGAAUAAUAAAAGAAUAGGACAUUCCUCACGAUUCCCCAACACUGUGCCGGACCCAGAUGUGAUUCAAACUGUGAUAAAAGAAGACGACGAAUUUCUCAUACUUGGUAAUGGUAAAUUCUGGAGUGCUGUAUCUGUUGAAGCUGCAAUAUCCGAAGUACGAUCGGAACGGAAUCCUGUUCUAGCAGCCAAACGGCUACAAGAUUUGGCACAAAGUUACGGCGUUGAAGAUUGUAUUUCUGUGGUGAUAGUGAGAUUUGAUACUGUACGUUCUGAUGUGGACUUACUAAUGCGGGAGUUGCGACAAACAAUAAACACAACUAAACCGGUUUGCCGAUCCGACUGCUGUUGCUCACGUUUAGAACCCUGCUGCCAUUCGAUAUCUCCAAAAUCGAAUAGUGAUCGAUCAUCACCGAGCGGUCAAAGCGAUAGACCUCUUAGCGAAGUUCUCAGCCAACAGCAUUACGCAAGUGUCCGGUCUCAUAAUAGAGCUUCAGAAAGAAAACCGCGAGGUGGAGUCGCUAGAGCUAUACGGGUCCGCGUUGAGGAAGAUAAAGAAGAACGUAAAGAAGAAAUACCAUCAUCUGAGGAGCAGUUCAAAUGCUGGGAAUAUAUGUUGGAACAAAACACUCAAAUGAUAUUCGAUAAAGAACUGGAUAAUCUAUCAAAAGGAAUAAAAACAGAUACGAAUACACUGAGAAGUGUCAAAGGAUUAUCAGGCAGUAGUCCGCAACUACAUUUGGCGGGGAAACAAUCGAAACUACCAUUUCUUUCGAAGCAUUUCGGAAGUGCAAGGUCGUUUGGCACUGCUCUGAAGCCAGAAUUCCGCUUUGGAUCUGGCCGUAUGCCUAAUUGUGGUCCAAACGCUGCGUACUUUGGUUCUCUUCAGAGGCUCAUGCCAUAUCAUUUGGAGUACGAUUUCGCUGUGAUACAAGAAAAAAAUACGCAAUCCCAAGAAUCGCUUGAUCUCGAAGGUCGAAUGCAGCAAUAUUGGGGUGUAGCAACGACAGAACUAUAAAUUAUUGAAAUGCCUGUAAAUAAAACUUGACUUUAGCACAA